AUGAACUUUCGGGUCUGUUCUUCCUUGAUGUUGGUAUGGCUGAAUGGGGCCACUGCAUUUGUCCUGCAACCCCAGCAGCAAGCCACCAGUCUGACACAGCAACAAGCUAGAAGACCUGCUGCCGCAUCGAAUAGAGUUGAUUUGUGGAAACUCUAUGCAUCUACCAAGGACGGAGAUGAUGCGCCACCUGAAAUUCAGCCGCUCACAACAUCCUUUGAUGAUGCAGGGAGUGCCAUCAUUGAUGAAGAAGAUGAAGAACGAAUGAAGUCCAUGGGUGAUUUCGAUACCACUUCUGGUUCCCAAGAAAACAUUCAAAACAUGAGAGCUGCCAUUCAGGAGCGAGCAAAAUCGCUGGGAUAUGAAAAGUCCAAAGUCAGUCAACAAUACAUUGAACAGGCACAAGCACGAGCAAGAAACCAGGCUGCCAACAGAGCCGCGGGAGGUGGAUCUAACUUGGAUUUGAGUCAAAUCUCAACAGGAGAUGAACCAAAGAAAAAGAGCGAUUGGGAUGAAAGCAUGCCAGCUAUGAUGUACGAUCCUGCCGAUGAAUUGACGGAGGAAGAACAGAAGGAAGCCGACAAGGUGGGACAACUGCCCAUUUGGCAACAAUUCAUGGAAGAAGUACAGGCAUCUCAGUGGCCCGAUCUAGGAUCUGUCAUUCGAGAAAUGGGAGUCAUCGCUGCCGUCGUCGUGGUCACGGCCGCACUCAUCAUCAAUUGGGAUGGAUUCUUGCGAACUUUUUACACAGAUCUAGGCUUGAUCCCUUCCCCCGAACAAACAAACGAACAAGUCCUAGAUGUGGAUCUCAUCCCAGAAGGAUUCACCAACAAUAUGAAUGAAGACGAUCUGGCCAAGAUUACGCAAGAAAUGAACGCCCGUGGAUCCAAGAGUCCGUCAGUAGAGAAACUGCUCGAUUCGGCAUCGCCGCUAAACCCAGAUUUAUAG